ACAACGAAGAAUUUUGUGGAAAGCUGGAAACUUGAAACUCAAGAAGUGUUUUUGAUGCGGACGUAAAGUCGAAUUUCAUUAGAUUAAUUAGUAAUCAUGAAAAAUCGCGUUAAUUAGUCGAAUAUCUUACAAGAUUUCAAGUUUUUCUUCGAUUGGUUGUUAAAUCUUGAAAUUUGCAGUAGUUUGAAAGUGUAAUCUCGAUUCGUUUUCCCUUCUGUUCGGAGCGGUGGAUUGAUUUUCGAUUCCUCGUAUAGAAUGUGUUAUUUUCUAAAUUAAUUCGCGAAUGGAAGUAUAAUAAUCAGAAACUUGAAAUUUCAAGAACGUAGCUGCUGUCUCCGAAACGAAGUAUUGAGCUGUCAGUCUUAUCAUCUGUACCAUGGAAGCUACUGCAAAACACGAUUUCAAUGCAACCGCAGACGAUGAACUGUGCUUCAGAAGAGGAAAUGUGUUGAAAGUUUUAAAUAUGGAAGACGAUGCCAACUGGUAUCGAGCCGAAUUAGAUGGAAAAGAAGGACUGAUACCCAGCAAUUAUAUCGAGAUGAAAAAUCACAAUUGGUAUUUCGGACGAAUUACUCGACAAGAUGCUGAAAAACUCCUAUCGAAUAAACCUGAAGGAAGCUUUUUGAUUAGAAUAAGUGAAAGUUCCCCCGGAGAUUUUUCGUUAUCAGUGAAAUGUUCCGAUGGAGUACAACAUUUCAAAGUACUGCGCGAUGCGCAGGGCAAGUUCUUCUUAUGGGUCGUAAAAUUCAAUAGCCUGAAUGAAUUGGUCGAAUAUCAUAGGACGGCUUCAGUAUCUCGGUCACAGGAUGUGCGAUUACGUGAUUUACAUUUAAAUGAGAAUUUAGUUCAAGCGCUUUACGACUUCACCCCUCAAGAGGCAGGAGAAUUAGCUUUUUCCAGAGGAGAUGUAAUCACAGUGACUGACAAAACGGAUGUGCAUUGGUGGAAAGGUGAAAUAGGUAGUCGUGAAGGUUUAUUUCCUGCUACUUACGUUCAACCUUACCACCAAUCGUUUUAGAAACAUUUUUCAAAUUGAGGUACUUUUGUCUCGCUAAUCAACUGCAAAAAAUGUUUGCCGUAUUACAAUAUAUCGUUUUUAAAUUAUCGAAAGUUGUUCAUAUAUGCUUCAAGAUGUCGGAAAACAUUUGGCAGUCGCGCUAUUUAGUUUUGGAGCAUUUUCAUCUUUUUUAAUUAUAACGUUACGCAAAUAGUCUUCCAUAAAUGUUAAACUUGUUUGUAGUUGUGUUAUUAAUACGACAAAUUCUUACCGUUUACUAAUAAUUAGAGAGUAAUUUUAUGUACGUGUAUUAAUUAUUGUGUUUCUGUGUUACGCUGUAAUAUUUUGUAAAAAAUGCGGUAGAAUCCCAAUUAUCAUGUAUUUUUUUUUUUUUAAUCGGAGGGAAGCGCGUCGAUUUAUCAAGUUUUCGUCCGAUGGUGUGUUGUAUUGUACGCUUACCUACAUCUUUUAAUAUUUUCUCUGGUAAGGCUGAUGAAACGGCCUUAAAAUCAAAAAUUUAUUUAUUUAACCUUAUCGAGAUUCUUCUAUACUUAGAAACAUGUAUUUAAAAGUAUGUAAUAGGUAAUUGUUAGUAAUAAAAUAAGGAGAAUAAUGUAUUCGUCGUAUAGAAUGCGCGAAUUAUGCCAUAGAACACUCGACGAACAAAUCCUCAUCUCCGGCUGAUGGAUAAUAUUAGUCUGGAUUUACAUUUGAUGAUAAUCUUGACCUUUUUUGACAGUCCGCGUAAUUUACUAACUUCCGCAAAACCGGUAGCUAAUUUUUUGAAAAUGUUGGCCUUUUUUUGCCAAACCAACUUUGGUGUUUAUUUGUUCAAAGAACAAAAGCGUUGGAAAUUUGAUUUAUGAAGUGCUGAAUGCAAACGAAACGAAACGAAACUAAAGCUAUCGUUAAAUUUUCAACUUCCGCGAGAGUAAUAAAACAGGCAAAUGUAAACGUAGUAUGAUUCCUACGAAACGUGGAAAGAAUGAACUUCAGUUUUGCUCGUUUAUAGAUUAAAUUUUGUCGGCCUAAUGAUGGAAAUUUUCCCUCCGUUCGCUUUUAUAAUCUACAUUGUGUUUGUAGCUUGGACACUAUUUCGCUUGCUUACACGCCUUUUUUUCGUUAUUAUAACCAGCACUUCGUAUCCUGUACUUAUAUAGUUUUUGUUUCAUUUUCAUGGGGGCCAAAUACUUUUUUUUUACCGUUAAAAUUGAUUUUUUAGUGGGAAAAUGAUUUCGAUAUCGUUUAAAUUCUUUACCAUCAGGGUAAAAGUUUUCAUGUGUCUAAUGAAUAACGUGAUUUCUAUAAUGGUGUUUCAAGACUGUUGAACAGAAUUUCAUUGUACUAAAAAUUUAUACGCUUCUGUGAAUAAAUUUCCGUAGCUUAUUAAAACUUGUGAUUAAGUCACUUCAAUAUAUGUAUUUAUACGAUUACUUUGUAAUUUUGUACUUCACUUAACAUCGUUUACAUUUUUUUUUCUAAAUGUAAUUAGCAACUUGCCAUAAUCCCAUGCUUUUAAUGAGGCUGUUAUUCGUUAUAAGGUGCCUUUUGAUAAAUUGUUUUUUUUAUUGUACGUCUUUUGAUUAGUUAUUUGGCUUUUUUAUUUUCUAAUUCAUAUGUUAUCAUUCUACAACUUAUAUACAUUAUAAGUAUGUACUUUGUAUCGUUUGUUCGAUUUGUAAUAAAAGAAGUAUUUCUAUGUUGCCAUUA